AUGGUUGGGAACCCGGGAUGGAGAUUCAAAAGUGCUACUCAACCAUCGCCUGAAUUCCUUCGUCAUGCUGCUGGUGGGACACCUGUUAUGCCAAACGAACGGGUAAUGCAACCAACAGCCGAUACUUCACCAGCGCUUGGAAUCUGUCAGGGAUGCGUGGAAGUGAAG